AAAGUCUGUCAUCAAAUUAGGAAAACACAGAACAUUUCUUCUGCUACUAAGAUGUUGCAGCAUCCAGCAAUGUUUUGGAGUAUUUGGUUUGGUUUUUAACAGCGUUGCGAUGCAUCUUUUGGCCUCUAGAUGACCAACAAGACAAGCUUGGCUGCAGAUCGACCAGGAGCAGCAAGUGCGGAUAGCUUUAAGCUAACACUAGCUAUAACAACAUUAUUAACCCCUAUUUGGGGCUCUACUCAGUCAUUGGUUUACUAGCUUGUUCAAGGCUGGCAUCCCUGGCCAAACAUGCAGAAAUAUGAAAAGCUUGAAAAAAUUGGAGAGGGCACGUAUGGGACAGUUUUCAAGGCUAAAAACAGAGAGACCCAUGAAAUUGUGGCUUUGAAAAGAGUCAGGUUGGACGACGACGAUGAGGGGGUGCCAAGUUCUGCUCUCAGAGAAAUAUGUCUUCUGAAGGAACUAAAGCAUAAAAACAUUGUCAGACUACAUGAUGUUUUGCACAGUGACAAGAAGUUAACCUUGGUUUUUGAAUAUUGUGAUCAGGAUCUGAAGAAGUAUUUUGACAGCUGCAAUGGGGAUCUAGAUCCUGAAACUGUGAAGUCAUUCAUGUACCAGCUGUUGAAAGGCCUCGCUUUCUGUCACAGUCGAAACGUUCUUCAUCGAGAUCUGAAGCCGCAGAAUCUCCUCAUAAACAGAAAUGGGGAGUUGAAGCUGGCUGACUUUGGUUUGGCUCGAGCCUUUGGCAUUCCCGUGAGGUGUUACUCAGCAGAGGUGGUGACGUUGUGGUACCGGCCUCCUGAUGUGCUAUUUGGUGCUAAACUUUAUUCUACCUCAAUUGACAUGUGGUCUGCUGGAUGCAUAUUUGCAGAGCUGGCUAACGCUGGAAGGCCUUUAUUCCCCGGGAACGACGUGGACGACCAGUUGAAAAGAAUCUUCAGAUUGUUGGGUACACCAACUGAAGAACAGUGGCAGACGAUGACGAAGCUCCCCGAUUACAAGCCAUAUCCCAUGUAUCCAGCCACCACCUCGCUGGUGAAUGUGGUCCCCAAACUUAGUAGCACAGGACGGGAUCUACUCCAGAACCUGUUAAAAUGUAAUCCUGUCCAGAGGAUCUCUGCAGAAGAGGCCUUGCAGCACCCUUACUUUGCUGAUUUCUGCCCACCCUAAAUGCUUAAUGGCCACUCGCUGAACCUCAGCCGCCAGAAUCAAUCCUCCUUCACUCUGUUGGGUCAUUAGCACCGGUCCCAACGAGGCAGAUCUCUCCCCGGUUUUCAAGCACUCUCCUUCAUCUCAUUCUGUUGUGCCUCUUGUGUGGAACAGCGUCCUGGUGGCUCUGCAAGGAUUUAAGGUUCUUUUAAGUAGCAAGCCUGUUUAAUUAGGUACAUAUAUCCCUCCCAGUUAAUUAGCACUAAUGUGGGAGGGUGCACUAUGUGUUGCAUUGAAUACAUUUUAUACCUGUGGAAAUGGUCGAGAAACCAAAAAGCCCUUCUGCUCCAAAAGACUGAGAAACUUGCUGUUAGUUUCUGACUUAUGAUCGUUGUUUAUGAAUGAAAAAAGGCCCCUUCUCAUUUAAUAAAUGAAGUAAGUGCUACUGCACCUGUUACCCAAACGGUCUCUCUGACAUUAUGGUUCAUGUUGUAAUGUGUUCAGCAAAGCGGCAACCUUCUCCCAUUAAUAGAAGUCUUAACAUUAGUGGAGACUGUAGACCGACAGGAUGCAGGAGUUUUAUGCAGAUAUUGAUAUUUGAGAGUUUAGAAAAUGUAGUAAUUAUAUAUUGGCUAUAAACACAAAGCAUAAAGAAAUGUUUUUGAGGAGGAUCACUUAAAUUUGGUUAUUAAAUAAUUAUAUAUUAGGGCAGACUAUGUAACAAUGACACUUUCUCAGUGAUCUAAAAACAUCUUUGGCAUUUCUGUACUGCAGUUUGUUUUUCCUUAUUCUCUGCAAUAUACGCUGGUGCUGGUACAUCUGUGAUAAGUUAAUAUCCUCCGAUAGUGGAGGCCACAGAUUCCUGGGGCAGCUAAAUGCUACAAUGUCGACUCAAUAUUUCAAAUGAAAUAAUUUGUCAGUUUUAGAAUCAAAAGUGAGAGAUGAAUUUGACAAUUAUAAAGGCUUAAGUCAAAGUUUCUUUUUAGGUUUUUAUGGUAUUUUUGUAUCACGUCUGUAAUUUCAAAAUCAUUUCCUGGAUAGAAUUACUGUAUGUGAUUUGGUACUAAUUUCUUUAUUUGAAAGAAUUGCUCCAAUUAAACUCCAAUUAAAUGAUUGUAUAAGUUCUCCACUUAUUAUUGGAAACUUAUUUAAUCAUAUAUACUAAAUGUAUGUUUAAAUGUUUGCAUAUUCAGUUGGUCUGCUUUGCACGGACUAAAAGACUGGAGGCAACAUCAGCUGUUAAUUAGAAAUGAUUAAUCAGAACUGUGCCGUGAACACUGGCUCUAUUUUCCCUGUAAUUAGUACCAUAGUACAUACUUAUUUCCUGAAAACUUCCUGGGAAAGGUUAAGCAAUUACAAACCUGAAGACUACACUAUUAUUACAGAACAGACCACAGACUUGUAAUCCUGAUGUUUCACAUACCAACAGUAACUCUGUGUCCCACUACCUGUUACAAGAUUGUAUGAUAGCAUGGGAAGCUAAUUUAUGAUUUUCUUUUUUCCUCAGGCUGUUUUAUUUCCCCUCGUCUUUUUUUUUUCUUUUGUGCACUUUAACUUUUAUUUGAAAUCGUUUCGUAUACAUCAAUAUUAUUAAAUAUGUUGAACACUGACAGCCAGGAUUAUAGCCGGUUAUCAAUAAAUGGGCCAAUAUACAUGUUAAUGACUAGUGGACCAUUAGUGACACAUUACCUUUUGUUUUCUUAAAUCAUCUUUAUCAUAAUUAUACUAACGUCUUUUAGCUUUUCUGAAAUGCUUUUGUAAUUGUUAAAUUAGAGAUGAAAUAAUCCAGGUAAUCCAUUGAUGAUCUGUAUUUUCAUUAUGAUUGUUUUUGCACCAUUAGCUGUUUCCAUUCUGGUUACUUAUUAUAUUAACAUGGUUUAACAGCUUGCAGUGUUAUUUUACUCCAGAUUGUUACAGCGCUACGUAUCCCAUAAAUUACGCCUCCAUAAUGAAAUGUGUUUGAAGUAGCUGUGUUAAUAGGGAAAGGAUUUAUUUUCAUUUUGCUGAUGUAAGACAAGAUAAUGGAUGCAUGUAUUUAUUAAUGAUGGAAUGUCUGCUCAUUUGUUUUGCAUUCGUUAAAAUGUAGCACAACUUCAUCUGGUGCAGAAACUCCUUUUUAAUGAUUUAAUGUUACUAAGAUCUAAAGAAUUUAGUCUGCUCUUUUUAGGAUUUAAAGUGUUUGAAGGUUUGUGUGUGUGUGGAUUAAGUUAUAAUGAAAAAACAAAAGCAUUUGCUCUCGUGAUAAAACUGCUGUAGAUUUACUUACAUUUUAAUUUUGAAUGAAGAGUGGAUUUUUGAAGAGUGGAUUUUUUUGCUAGUAUCUUUGCUUUUGUUCCAAACCUGGGACAGAUGUCAGCCAAUCUUUUUGUGUAUAUUUCAGCCAAUGAGACUCCGUAUUCAGUAAAGUGGACAUAAAGACGUGUCUGCUUUUGAGAACAAAAGUUCAUUCUUGACUUUGGAAGCUAAAAAAAUAAAAAAUAAUUCUCACACAAGGUCUGUCUAUUCAGUAGCUGUUGCUGAGUGUCUGAUCGUAUCCAUGACAACUGAGCAAACUCAGUCUGCUGAGAGAUGGUGUGAAAUGAUUGAAAGCUCAAGAACAGCCACUGAAUAGACUUUGGUGAGAUUUAUUUAAUAAAUAUUUUCUUUUCUUUGAAAAUUAUUUAUACAGCAUGCUUUUUUGUCACCUUGACUACUUUUGCAGCGUAUUUUGUUAUCGACGCUUAAUGAUAAAAAUAAUCCAGUAGACUAGUUCACAAAUAUUUUUGUUGACCUAAUGUUGACAGCUUCAGUGUACACUGGGCUAAAAUGCUAGUAUUUUUUGUUUUAAAGCCCUUGAAAACUUGGUUUAAAUAAAAAAUAAAAAAUCUCAAUAACAUGAAGAAAUACGCAAAAUAAGCAACAAUCAAAUUAAGGUUUCAGAAUAAACGUGAGUCUUGUUUAGCAAGAGUUUUUUAACAAUCAAAAACUGCUAAUUUGCGGCAUCAGCAUUGUAUUGCCUAGCAACAUAAGAAAAUAACCACCAUCUGAUUGGUGCUGGAAAGUCUGUGACAUCUCACAUCCAACCAAUGAGAAGAGUUUAGAAGAAAACCCGGAAAAAAUAAAUCCGUCAUCAAAUGACAAACUGUUCUAAUGCUGCAUUUAUGUUGUGUCGGAAUAAUCAGAGAAAUUAGUUCUCGACUCGAAAAACGCACGAGAACGCCCCCUCCAGGUGGAAUAACAACUCGAAAAGUUUCUCAAUUUCACAUAAUGCAUAUACACUUUUUGCUCAUGUAAUUUUUAAUAUUAGGUUGUAUCCGUUAGUUGCUGUACACUUAGAGUGACCUACAUAAAUUAAGAAAUACAACACAUCUUUGUAGCGUCCAUGUUUCCACAUUACGACCUAAAGCUCAUGAACACAACGAAUUUUCCAACUCGGGGGAAACCCGAGGAGCCCGUGACUUUAACACAUUAUUUAGUGUCCUGUGUUAGGUGAUAAAGUUUUUAGGGCCUUUUAAUUUGGCUUUGCAGUUUGUUUAGUCAGUAAAGUGACAGUUUGGCUUAAGACUGACUACGUUACACAUAGUUAAGUGUGUAUUAACUAUUUAAUGUACAGUUCAGAGUUAAAAUCACAUAUCUACAAUAAAAUGCACAUAAAGCACGUAGAACCAGAUGAAGCAUGUUCAGUUCCCCAGACCUUUGUGCACAUGGAAAUCUUGAUGUUACCUGUGAGAACCAGUCUUGAAGGCACAUUUAUUUUUUUUACUUCAAGCCACGUUAUGCUUAUCCUAUUCAUAAAAAAUUGAUUGAAAGAUAUAUAAGUUAUUCCACAUCUGCAGAAUAUCUUUCCUUUUUGAGUAUUGCACAAUUCCAAGCCUGAUUUGAGGCGGAUGUGGAGAACAUCAUUUUGAUUCA